GACAGCAGGGACCGCACAUCGAUAACACUGUUGACUUUGACGUUCGACGAUUUAGAGUUAUAACUCCGCGCCGUCCAAUGGGCGCGGGGGGCGGAGGGUGUCCGCUAGGGGAGUUGUCUGCCUCCGAGUGAUCCGAUUGGGCUUCCUUAAAAAGGACAGACACACACGUCCACGCUUCUUCUCCUCCACCGAAUCCCCGCCUCCUGCUUACUGGUACAGAAAUAGAAAAGGGUUUGGCAGAAAGAGCACCCCUAGUAGUAGGACAGAGGACACAUCAGCAGAAAUAGGUCUGUUAGCGGGUUUGUUCGAGCUCCGGGUGAUCAUCAUUAUUAUACACUACACAUCCGUGUUCUCCGUUUGCUCAGCCACUUAAAGGAGAGAACAAGCCCCUGGUAGCCUGGCUGAACACCUGAGCCGGGUGCGAAAAAAACAAGUACAUGCAACAGUAUUUAUCACAAACUAUUCACCAAAAGCUUGUUUAAACACGUUUGCCACACACCGAGUCAUACCGACGCAUUCCAAUCGUUGCAGUUUUUAAGGAAUGGCAUUGGACUUCGCUGCUGGAUGUUUUGGAGGUGCUGCUGGUGUUUUGGUUGGACAUCCAUUUGACACUGUAAAGGUGCGGCUUCAAGUUCAAAAUGUGGACAAACCACUGUACCGUGGGACAUUUCACUGCUUCCAGUCAAUCAUACGUCAGGAGUCUGGACUCGGUCUGUACAAAGGUAUCGGCUCUCCAAUGAUGGGGCUGACCUUCAUCAACGCCAUCGUUUUUGGUGUCCAGGGCAACGCCAUGCGCAAGCUUGGCAAAGACACGCCUCUCAACCAGUUCCUGGCUGGAGCGUCUGCCGGCGCCAUCCAGUGCGUCAUCUGUUGCCCGAUGGAGCUGGCCAAGACCCGCAUGCAGAUGCAGGGAACUGGAGAGAAGAAGUCUAAGAGGAAGCUGUACAAGAACUCCCUGGACUGUCUGGUGAGAAUCUACAAGAAGGAGGGAAUCAGAGGAAUCAACCGCGGCAUGGUGACCACCCUGAUACGUGAGACGCCUGGCUUCGGCGUGUAUUUCCUCACGUAUGACGUUUUAACGCGCUCCAUGGGUUGCGAGCCAGAAGAUCCAUACAUGAUCCCCAAGCUGCUGUUCGCAGGCGGAAUGUCGGGCAUCGCGUCCUGGCUCUCCACGUACCCGGUGGACGUGAUCAAGUCACGCCUGCAGGCGGACGGGGUCGGCGGCGUCAACCAGUACAACGGCAUCAUGGACUGCGUCAGACAGAGUUUAAAGAAGGAGGGGUGGAGGGUUUUCACGCGUGGACUCACGUCCACUUUGCUCCGUGCGUUUCCGGUGAACGCCACCACAUUUGCCACCGUGACUCUAUUUUUAAUGUACAUGCGCGAGGGAGAGGAGUGUAGCAUUCAGGACUCUGAGCCGCAGUCCGUGCAGCUGCAGCCUCUGCAGCCGCAGACGCAGCCGACCAGCAUGUAAGCCACCGUACAACAGCGCGCACCCCUACAGCGAUCAGAAAGUCAAUCGUUCGAGCUUUUAACGUGAGUCCAUAAUGACAACUGAAGAUGAUUCUAGUUCUUCGUCAACGAAGCUUCAGCCAAGUGUCCAGACGUAGUAUUUAAAUAAUAUAUAUAUAUAUUUUAAGAUAAAAGCUGCACUUGUAAAUAUGGGCUCCUUUUAAACAGCCUUGCUUUUGUACAUAGUUUUAGGUGAGUUUUAGGUGAUUUAGGAAACAUGAGAGUUACUGUAACAUGGCGAGUAGCGGUUACAGGAGGCCCCUGAAAGGUAAAAGACGCACGUUUGUUUUUGAUGCGUUGGGUGAAGAUUCCUGGAAUUCGUGUUCACAACCGGUUCUAUCGCACGUGCCUAAACUUGUAUUCACAGAGUUACAACCAAAAGAGUAAAAAGUCAGGCAUGGCUGUGAAUUCCCUUCUAAAAUCCAUUAAAUAAAUUAUCUACAGUUUAAUUAAUUCAUUGUUAGUGGUCAAGCAAGCAAGUUUACCUCCAUGUGAACACAUCACUUUAGCAUCUUGUGGUAACGGCUACAAAUGCUUUUACAGAUGUGCGUUUCCUAACUGUAAGUGUUUUAACCUUCCUAUGAAAGGUCAUAGGAGUUUAGUCCUAAUCGUGGCUGCUGUGUAGGGUUUGAGGUUACAAUUCUCUUUUUAUAUUGUCUAAUGUAUAAUUAUCUGCCUUGGAUGUGGAAUUUUACAAAAGGCAUUAUGAACAGGCUCGGAUGUUGGCCUGUUGCAGUAUGACACAAACUGACAUAAAAUGAUCAUGUGUAGUAAUGUCUUUAAAAUGUGCGAUUGACACAGUCAGCCAGAGCCAAAUCUGAUGCGUCGUGAUCUUAUUUUUCUGGACAAAAUGAAGUGUCCAAAGAAGCACCUUAUGAUGUGAUCCUGAGCACGUGUACGGUUUAAAAAAUUAAUUGCAUAGAUUUUGCAUUUUCCUACUAACUGAUGCAAGAUUAUGUUACAGUGUUGAGUAAAAGGGACGGAUUGUGAAAAAAGGACGGUAAUCAGAUGUGAAGCACAGGGGGACGGGCUCCACAUUCUCCACAAAGGGGCGCUGUCAGACCAGUAAACACUAACUUGUGGCACCUAAAGGCAGAGAAAGUAAUAUUUCCUGCAACUGAAAUCAUGAGCUGCAGAUUUAACUACUUUUUUUUUUUUGUGCAUGCUUAAAUUCGUUUGUGCCGCCUGUGAGCUUUCGUUACAUUAUCUACUUCUCUCCACGCCUUGCCUCUCCGUGCUCUUCAGGUUUAACAUAAAUAAACCUGCGCACAACAGACAUACAUUUGUAGCACUUGCACUGCUCCGUUACGUAUUUGCAAUGCGAACGACAAAUGCAGAAACUGUUACUUUCCCCCUACGAAGAUGGUGCACAUCUUCAUGGCUAACACGGUUAACGAGGUUAACACGGGAGGCUGUAGAACUUCAUUUGGAGUUGUCCAAAGACGUAAUCGUGUACAUACUGUGAAUUUGGUUUUUCCUAUCAGUCUUUCCAUGUGAGAGGUUUUUAGGCUUUAGAUUUAUCUUAAUUGCAACCCUGUAUUUGUCAGUUGGUUCUUUUUUUUUUUUUUUAAUGCGUUUGUCUUUAGUGUUGGAUGAUACUGAUAUCUUUGUAAAAGGGCUGCUUUUAGCACGUUACUUUUGUGUUCUGUACUUGUUUAUGUACAAUACCUUGCACCAAAGUAGCACUAUAUGUAUUUCUUUAAUAGAAUUGUGAAAUAAAACCAUUUUUUUUUCUUUCUGAAA